UUCGCAGCGGCAACACGACCAUUGGGCAAAAAAGUGAGAGACGAAUUAAAGUGCGAAAUUUCUUCAUUACAUUUCUUAAUUUUUGCUUGCAAAAUGAAAAAUUACGUUUUGCUAAUAGUGUGAACGGGAACGAAUAAAUAAGGAGUUUUUAAUAAAGCUUAUUGAAUAGUGUACGCGUGUAUUGCAAGGCAAAUAUAUAUUUUGCAGAGCUUGUGUUGAAUCGGCAAGUUCUUCGCUUUGCUUAUUUUUUUUUAUCACCAAAUGUGCAACUCGAUUUUCUUUUAAUCUAUAAUAAAAGUUACAAAGAUACACUCUUCCAAUUAUUAUAAUAUAGUGUUCUGUGUAUUUCCGGCAAUUAUCAUGAAAUAAGUCAUACCAAUGUGUUUGUGGCUAAAACGAAAGUAAUAAAUAGUCUUGUGUGGAAUGUUUGACAUUCAAUUAUUACACUGUUUCAACGAAGUUAACCACGAAAAAAUUUACAUCUUUUAAAAGUUAUACAUAUUGGGUAUUCAUUUAAAUAUCAUAUUUUUAAAGAAUAUUAUAAAUUGUUAAACGAACCGAAAACGUGAAAAGAUGACUUCAACUACUAAUAGAAAUGAUACAACAACGAGUACUUGUGACAGCGAUAAUGUGGGAAGCAGCAUAGCGGCAGGUAACGCCAACGGGAGCGGCAGCGGCACCAUAGAAGCUGAGUAUAAUAGAAUCGCUGAUCGACAAGGCUGGCAUAGGUGCUACCAGGAAAUUCGUGAUCACUGUGAACGUGAAGCUAGUGAAAAACAGUUUGGCACUAUUGAAUCGGAGAAACCUUACAAUCGCUGCCUAAACAGAUACAGAGAUGUAAACCCGUACGAUCACUCUCGCAUCAUCAUCCAUAGGGGCAGUGUUGACUAUAUAAAUGCAAAUCUUGUUCAGCUGGAACGUGCCGAUCGCAAAUAUAUUUUAACACAAGGACCUCUAGUGGACACCGUCGGCCACUUUUGGCUAAUGGUUUGGGAACAAAAUACCAAAGCCAUUCUAAUGCUGAACAAAUUAAUGGAAAAGAAACAAGUUAAAUGUCAUCACUAUUGGCCAGACAGAAAGGGUCCUGAGAAUGCGUUGAGAUUAGAAGAAGUGGAUUUGACCGUUGAGUUUCUACGUUGCGAAGAAUAUAAGAACUUCUGUCGCAGAUGGUUCAAGCUAACAGAUCUGGAGACAAAUACCAGCCGUGAAAUACUGCAAUUUCACUACACAACAUGGCCAGACUUUGGCAUUCCUAGUUCACCAGUAGCGUUUCUACAGUUUCUAAAACAAGUGCGGGACUCAGGCGCACUCGAUGCCGAUGUGGGACCAGCAGUUGUGCAUUGCAGCGCUGGUAUUGGUCGUUCUGGCACAUUUUGUUUAGUUGACUGCUGUUUAGUACUGAUCGAGAAGGAAGGCGAAGCGAAUGUUUCUGUGCAGGAUGUGCUUUUUGAGCUGCGCAGAUAUCGCAUGGGCUUAAUACAGACUGCAGAUCAAUUAUUUUUCUCUUAUCAAUCAAUCAUAGAGGGUAUUAAAUUGCUCAAAGAUCCAGAAUUUCUAAAUUACAAAGAAACCCCAAUUACCAGCAGUGACAGUGCACAUGAACAGUAUGCUCCCGAUGUAAUAGCUAGUGGCGAUGUUCCGCCACCCUUGCCACCACGCACACAUUCCCUAACACUGCCAAUGGCCGGUUGUAGCCCUGCCGGUUCAUUAACGUUGAACCUACAUGGUAAACCAUUACCAAAAAUACCAGCCAGUGAAAGUUUUAACGAGGAAUUAUAUGCACUCACCGACAAUGCAAAUCACACUAGCAAGGAUGCAUUGAAUAAUUUCAUAAACAAUGAAAAAACAGCUGAUAGUUUGUCAAAUCGACCGCUGCCACCUUUACCACAACAGCCUCAAAUCACUCAAGCCUCAUUGGAUCGUAUAUAUGGAUCGGAGAGUGAUGAAAAUGAAUGUUACGAAAAUGAUGAAAGUGACGACGACGAUAAUGAUGAGCAAAUCAAUGAACAAACUGAUGACAAUGCGGACGAUAUGAAAAACGCUAACGCUGUACAUGAACGGAGUAUAAGCAGUGAACGGGCAAGCAGCGGUGGUGGCGGAGGCGGCUUUAAUGAGCAAUUGGACGAAGUUAAAUUAAAUGGCACCGAUAUUACAUAUAGUAAUUCAAACACCGUCGGAAGUCCCGAAAAUGAGUUGAAGCGACGAAAACGUGCCGAACGACAGGCGAAUAUCGAGCACAAGGUGAACGAGAUCAAGCGAAAGCAGCGCGAAUCCGAAGAGAGCAAACAUGCGGCGAAGAAACGAAGGUCAUUAAUUACCUAUAUUGCGGCGGGUGUUGUUGUGGGUGUGAUUUGUGUGUAUGCAUAUUCGAAAUUAGCCUAAAGCAAAACCAGAGUGUUGCAAAUAAUGGUAAAUAAAACUGAGCGGCUUAAAGGCCGCAAUCAGCAACAAUUGAUAGUUAACUUUGUGUCGCGCACAUGCUCUAAAGCGCUCCAUCAUUUACAUAUACAAUAACGCUCUCGCCAAUAAUAUCAAUAAUAACAACAAUGCGAAUAAGUUAUUAUUUAGAAUAUUUAAUGUUGAUUGAAUUAAUCAGAGUUAAUAUUUUGCAUGUAAUUGAGACGCAGAUUAUCCAAAUACAUUUACAAAUACAUUCAUAAAUUAACCGUAAAUAGUACAUAGUUAUCUACAUACGUAAAUUCAUACUUUUGAAUAAGAUGUAAAAUCUUGAAGCAUAUUUGUGAAAUGUUUACUUUACUCAUUUGACCGUUACUUUCCAAAGCAUUUGCAUAAUAAAUAUUUUCUCUUUUAUUGACAUAAAAUACCUAGAGCUCUAUAAUUUAACAUUGGUUUCAGUUACUUAUAACCACAACACGCACAAGAAACCACACCCUAUGCACCUAAAAUUCAUACAUUCAGGCAUAUUUUUACAUAUAUAUACAUAUAUAAUUUUUCCCAUAAGACUCGGCCAAAUUAUUUACAUAUUUUUGAAAUCUAACAACAUAAACGUUUUGCUAAAAGAAAAAGUCUAUUUUUACAAGUAGAUCCCUUUAAGUUCAAGCCAGCUAACUUGUGACCUUGAAGCAAAAUAUUUAGAACAAUGAUAUUCAAAUCGAGCGCCCAAAAUGUGUUUUGUACACUUUAUAUUAGUUUGACCAAUCCAGCAGAAUUUCUUCUUACCGUUUCAGUAGUUUGAUAUACAUUUAAAUUGAAACUUAAGUUUUACAAAGUAUCAAAACAAUUUCUGCUCGAUUCGUAUAUGUAAUUGACCGCAAUAGACUGAGCAUAUGUAUAACGAAAACUAGAACAAAUUACAUCUUUGUAAAUAUCUACAAUUCAUAACAUUAUAUAAAAAAUAAUAGAGAAUCUAAGAUGAAUAGUGCUAAGUUGAGAAAUGCCACACUUUUCUUUCUAACCGCAUUAAUUGUUGCGUAAGAAUUUCCUUAAAUUUCUAAGGUAUUUUUAAUACUUAAGGGUUGAGUUGAGAACACACUGCUAAAAGAAAAUUUUAAUACAUAAUCUUCAUUUUUUACCAUAAGUUAUCGAUAUAUUUGAAAAUUUUUAAGAACUUUAUUGGAUAUUUUUGAGCUAAAGAAUUGCAUUUUUUUGUUUCUUUGCAUAUUAAACUCUUGGCAUUUGCAGUUAAAUCAUUUACAGGCACAAUAAUUGUGCUGUAAUUUUCAAUAUUUCUAUUAAUAACUCAAAAUUCUCACAACUUUUUUUGUAAAGUCUUCUGAGAACAAUACUUAACUGUAUGGAAGUCCGGAUUUCUUACGCUUACAUAGACCACACGGCUAAAGAUUUGUUGAUUUGUUAUGUACUCGUAUACAUAGCACAGCACUGCAUAAACAAACAUUGCAUGUGAAGCAUAGCCGCAGUUAUAUUUUACACAGCGCAUAGAAACUCAGCUGUUUUUAAAUGUUUGUCAGAUCACACAAAUGUGAAAUAUCAUAAAUGAAAAUGUCAAAUUGAAAUAUCACAACAAACGCAAUUACAAAAAAGAGAAAAGGAGAGCAGCGAUGCUUCUAUCUAAAAUUUCACACAGCAUAGUUAUCAAAAUUCAACGGAUUUCUAUGUCAUGUCCUGCGUUCGUUAAUCAAAUACAUGCUAAACGCAUUAAACAGAUUCCUUAGGUGACGGUUCACAUGUACGGCAAUGCUCUGCUUUGUAUGCUUUACUGGACCUUGCUAAUAGCUGUCGUGUUCUAGAAACUUGAAAUUAGACUUUAUCAUUUAGCGUGAAUUGCUUUAAUGACCCUGUUAGCAAAUGACUCCCAGUGAAUAACGACGCUGGCUAUAUGCUGAAAGCGAGUUUAUCUAUAAUCAAAAGUAAGAAUUAGAUAUUGUUCGUUUAAUUUUAAUUGAUAUUGUCAAUACAGAUUGAACGCUUUCCCACAAAUAAUAAAUAUAAAUUAAUAAAAUAAAUAAAAGGGCGUUAAGGAAAGCGCGAAAAAAUGAAGAGAGGCUUAACAACUUAUUUCCUACUCACUUACAUAUGUAUUAUUAGAUCAAACAUGACAAAAAUGUAAAAUUUACAUUUAUUACAAUUACAAAAAAAAAAAUCUAAGGCGCAUAGAAGCAAGCAAAGGAAUACCGCGCCGCAUAGGGUUAUAAAAAUUCAAGUUUUCGUUUAAAGAUCGUAGCAAUUUUUGGAAAAAUAAAAAUUUUCCUGUUGCGGGCGAAACCUUUAAUCAAGCUACAAUAUUUUUUUAAACGCUAACGGUUUCGUAAAUGCGUUGCAAAAUUGCAUUUUCAUGUAAUCUGUUUGUUUCGCAACAUAUUUUAGCUUAUGAAAUAUUGUUGCAAUUUGUAGUAUGUCUUAUUUUAAUGCGCAACUGUUGACUAUUAGCACGAUAACCAACCACAUUUUGAAACUCGCAUUUAUGGGCAUAAACUUUUUUAAUAAACCACAAUCUAUGACUAUAUUUUUGUACACAGCCCUUCCCCCGAUGCAUACACAAGACUUAAUAUACUAACUCGUACAUAUUAUGUAUAUUUAUGCGACAUGCUCUUAAAAAAAAAUUAUAUACCGUUCAUUUUGGUUUUGUUUUCAAUUUAUGAAAGCAAUUAUACGUUAGCCAAUGAUAAGCAUCAUAUACAUAUACACUAUGUUUAACUGACCGUAUUUUCCGUUUAUAAAGGAAAACAGGUUAUGUAUUAGCCAAUAUUACUGUUUGCAACCCAACCUAAAAACAAUAAAAUAGACGUUAACGCUUCCCUACUGACUAUGAAUUUGCGUGUAUAAAUACAUACAUACAUAUAUAGAUACACUAUACAAAGCGAAAAUAUAAAGCAAUAUCAAUUUAAGUAAACAGCGAUGAACGGAUAUUUAUUAUCCAUAGAAUUGCUGCAAAAUAGGGAAGUACUUCAAAGCAGAAGUUAAAUACUCGAUCAAAAACCUUUUCAAAGGUUGUCAAACAGUUUGUGGCGUAAUUAAAGCUAAGCUAAUAGACAACUAAAUUUGAACAGUAGAGCCUUUUGCAUAUGUUAUGAUCUUUCAAUUUAUAUAUAUAGAAAAAAGGCGAAGAGUAUAAGCUGCACUAUAUAGCAUAGCAUGAUAUAUAACAGCAAAAGUGAUGGAGUUUCAAAAACGAACAAAAAUAAUAUCAUAUUUAGAAAAUAUUAAAGUUUGAUAAAUUCAAAAACAAAAGUGGUGGAGCUACGCGUAGUUUUCGAUCUUUUGGUAUAAGCCCAUACAUACAUAUUAUUAGUGUAUAAAUACAUAUAUAUAUAUAUAUAUAUAUAUAUA